GUCAGGGUCCAGGAGCCAUGGAGGACCUGCUGGAUGUGGAGAACAAGCGGAUGGCAGACAGCCUGGCCAGCAAGGUCACCAGGCUGAAGUCGCUGGCUCUGGAUAUCGACAAGGAUGCUGAGGAGCAGAAUCACUACCUGGACAGCAUGGACUCUGACUUCCUGAGUGUGACGGGGCUGCUGACGGGCAGCACGAAGCGUUUCUCCUCCCUGGCGCGCUCCGGCCGGGACAAUCGUCGCCUGCUCUGCGCUGUGUCCGUGGCCCUUGUCCUUCUCUUUUUCAUCCUCUACUACCUGGUGGCCAGGGCAGGGACCUGA